CAACAAAUACAGGCUCCACCGCAACAACUACAUCUGCAACAACAUCAACUGCAGCAACAUUGGAACAACAAUUCCGUGCCGAAAAGAAGUAAAUAUCACUAAUCAGAUCAAAAAGCGACAAUCUCGAAAGUAAAAGAAAAAAGAAAAGGCAUUAAGUUUCGACGUCGCUGAAAAGAAAAAAAAUCAUGAAAUCUGUUUGUCCGUCCGAUCUCAUCUCACGUACAGUACCAUACCGUUUGUCUCGUUUUAAAGUUUACUCGUCCCAGUCUCUGAUUUUCAGUGACAUCCUCCGGUCGCAGUACUUUCCGAUGUGGGUGAUAGUUUUGGCACAUUGUCACUAUGGUUCUCUAGUAACUUUUAGUCUAUUGUCGACACGCACAGACACGGUUAGAGAAGAAAGUGAAAAAAAGAUAAUGGAUGUCGUGUGAUAAUUUGUCUUUGAAAAAAAAAAAAAAAAAAUCUGGCAAGGCAUUGUAGAUAGAGUGGCAAUACGGAUGUAUUAAGUAUUGUCUUCGAUCACGGACUGAUUCACUUUACAUAGCAAUGGAGAAAAAUUGGAGAUCGGUCGUUGCUGAAAGAUUACAUUUCCAACACAGAAAUGUUUGAUAUUGAAAAUGAUCUUCCUGAUGACUUGCUGUCAUCCGGAUCUUGGGGUUCCACAACCGAGAGCACCAAGCCACCAGCAACCGGUCCCGGUCCAGGGCAGCAAAACGGUGCUCUCGAUACAGAACUCAGACAACAUGUGCAGCAGCAGCAGCAGCAACAACUCUCUCAUCAUCUUAUUCAACAGCAGGGCAACAAAAACUUGGUGGCAAACUCCUUAGUAAUGGCUGCUGGAACGUUAGGCAACAAGAGUCCAAAUAUGCAAUCGCCACCGAACGUUUCCGUUUCCAAGGGUGGGAUAGUCGAUCCGCAGAUGGUCGUGAGCCUUGGUAAUCUACCAAGUAGUAUAGCCAGUUCGUUGGCGAAUAAUCAAAUGUCGAUCGCGAAUUCGAUGAGCGGUUUACAAUCGUCGAUGAGCAUGGCCGGAAGUAACCCCGCGAUGUCGAUGCCGGGCGGCAUGAAUUCCGGUUUAGUGAUGACUAGCACCGCUAGCGGGAACAACAUGGGAGGCAUGGCUGGCGGUAGCUUGAUAGUGACCAACAGUUUGAACAAACAACCUUUAAAUACAGUAACGAUGAUGGGCCCUAAUACUCAAGCGAUACACCACCCCGGUGCUCCUCACGGGGUAACACCGCUGCAAAACGGCCCCGGAAUGAUGAACACGAGAGCUGUGGCAAUGCAGCAGCAACAACAGGCACAUAUGGUUGGCCCGGCGAGAGGGCAGAGUCCUCAUCAACAGGUACAUCAAGUUGGCAUCGUCGGGCCUGGUCAGGGUGGCCCCAGAAUGCAGGCUCCUAACAUGGCAAAUAUGCCAACAAUGGGGCAACUAAGUGCAUCGAAUCCGUACAGCUAUGGUUCUUCAAAUACUGUUGGGCAAGGAGCAGGAGUAACUGUAUGCGCCAAUAAUCCCGUAGGUGUCGUCAAACCGCAGCAGAAGGGCGUAGGAACGAAUAUAAGUCCCAUGCAAGCGGCAGCCGCCGCCAGCAGAUUUACCGGUACCGCCGGCCCGAUGGGCACUACGAACGUCGUAGGUGGUCAGGAGGGCGGAACGGCAGCGCAACAAGCGCAACCACCAGCACCAAGCCCAGCUCAACCUCAAUCGGGUGCGCCGACCGGAGGGCAACCAGGUCCGCAGCAAGCCACGCAAGGACAAAUGCCUGGUACCGGUGCUCCAACGGGUGCGAAAUCAACGCCCGAUCCAGAAAAAUGUAGACUUAUACAGCAACAAUUAGUGUUACUUUUGCAUGCGCAUAAAUGCCAACGACGCGAGAGUCAAGCGAACGGUGAGAUGAGACAGUGCACCUUGCCGGACUGCAAAACCAUGAAAAACGUUUUAAAUCACAUGACAAAUUGUCAAGCCGGAAAGAAUUGUACUGUGCCACACUGUAGCAUGUCUCGACAGAUCAUCAGUCAUUGGAAGCACUGUAAUCGAAGUGACUGCCCAGUCUGCUUGCCGAUAAAACAAGCAAAUAAGAACAGGACUAAUUCUGCGCAAGCACCUGCAAUUCAACCAAAUAAUCAGCCAAAUACAAGUCCAUCCGAAAUGAGAAGGGCUUACGAAGCUUUAGGGAUUCAAUGUCCAACAACAACACCGGGGAUCUUGCCCGGUCAAGGCGUUGGUAGAGGCGUUAGAAUGCCAGCUCCCAGCAUGACAGGUCCAGGAGCACUGGGCAACGUUAGAUUAGCGCAACCUCAAACACAGACUGCACCGGGACAAUCCGUAGUCAGUGCUGGACAACAAGUAGUCGCUCCGAACGUAUCUCUUCCUUUAAAUUCCGAUCCUAGUACGGUCGGGGUAGCCGGCAAUCAGACGGUACCGACGACCGGACCCACAUCCGCCGCAGCGGCGGCCGCUGCCAAUAUACAGCAGUCUGUUAAUAUGCAAACGUUGUUCGGACUGAACGAGUCCGGGCAACCCGGCGUGAUAAGCGGGGAAAAUAGAUUAGGAAAUCUGCAGCUUCCAAGCGGUCUUCAAGCGGGUCAAGUUACGGCGUCGCCAGUGCAAGGAACAAAAGAGUGGCAUUUGUCCGUCACUCCAGAUCUCAGGAACCAUCUCGUUCAUAAAUUGGUUCAAGCAAUAUUCCCGACUCCCGAUCCGCAAGCCAUGCUCGAUAAGAGAAUGCACAACUUGGUCGCAUACGCGAGGAAGGUGGAAGGUGACAUGUACGAAAUGGCCAACUCUCGGUCAGAAUAUUACCAUCUGCUAGCUGAAAAAAUUUACAAGAUUCAAAAGGAGCUAGACGAAAAACGACAAAAACGAAAAGAGCAGCAACAGCAACAGCUCCAAGCGCAACAACAGCAACAGCAGCAGCAGCAACCACCACAGCCACCAGCAGGUACAUCUGGUCCUGGACUAAGGCCAUGCGCGCCUCCAAAUGUUAGUACUGUCAUGCCAGGGGCGUCAAAACCCGUCGGGACGGUACCACCUACCUUACGAAGUCACUCACCGAGUUUGAAUCAACUGGGAACGAUACCAGCGAUGGCCAUUCAACAACAGCAUAAUAGAAUGCAGUUCCCACAGCAGCAGCAGGCGCAACAACAACAGCAGGCUCAACAGCAGCAGGUGCAAGCUCAGCAGCAAAUACAACAGCAGCAGCAACAAGGACUUCUGGUUGGUCCUCCUGGUCCUAGCCCAAAUGGACAGUCUACAUCCAACGCCAGCAUGGUACCUAAUCCUGGACUCAGCCCGUUUGGACAACCUCAAAUGUCCCAAGCUAACCUCACGACCACCACUGCAUCUAACAGCGCGACGACUAGUCAAUUCCCGACGUCCAACGGCACGGCUGCCGGUUUGCCCAACAGCUCUCCCAUCCAAAACCAGCAUCAAUUCCCCGACCUCAUGAAAGUCAGACUGGCGCAAGCCCAGGCUCAAGCAGCGCAACAACAACAGCAGCAGCAGCAGCAGCAGCAGCAGCAAAGUCAGCAGCAGCCAACGAGUACUCCGAGCCAGGUCGGUACUCCGGCAUCAUCGAUUCCGCAAGCACCAUCACCGUUCAGCGGCAUGCAACAACCAAGUGCGCAGCAGUCGCAGCAACAGUCGCAACAGCAACCGAAUCAACAAUUCCCAACGCGACCGUUGUCAGCUACCACGCCUAAUGACAAUGGCAUUACGACAUCGACGCCGCAGACGAUACCACCGCCCGCGUCCAGCGGGCCGAGUCCAACGGGUAGCGUAUCCGUGACGACUACGGGUACGACAAACGGACCUCAGUCGACCACCUCCACGCCAAACACGCCGCUCGUACCGUCGCUAAUGACGCCGAAUCAAACGGUCUCCUCCGCAUCGAAUCAGACGCCGCCCCAUUCGGGCCCAACACCGUCUCCAGCCGGCCUUGCGAGUCUCGGCAAGGGUAUGACUUCGCAGGAACGGGCGGCGUUGAACACUCCACGCAGCACAUCCAUGUCCUCGCAGAUGGCAGCCAUUACGGCAGCGCUGGAUCGUGACAAUUCGCCCAGCCCGCCGAUGAAUAACAACAAGGGUAAAUUGGAUUCCAUCAAGGAGGAGAUAAAGAUGGAGAUCAAACAAGAGCCGCCGGAUGAGCCGCAGAAUCACAGGAUGGACGGUAAGAGCGUGAACAAUGAAAUCAAUAUCAAGGUCGAGCCGAAGACCGAACCAAUGGAGGAGGGCUCGAAUGAAGCGACCGUGAAGGAAGAGCCUGGCAUUAAAGAGGAGAGCAUGACCCCCGUGUCCAGUCAGGACACGACCGCCUCCGACAUUAAGCCCUUGGUGCCGGAACCGAUCCAACCGAGUGGCACGUCCACUGACAAGAAGAAAUGCUUGUUCAAGCCUGAUGAGCUGCGCCAGGCGCUGAUGCCAACGUUGGAGAAGCUAUAUCGACAAGAUCCCGAGUCCAUACCGUUCCGACAACCGGUUGAUCCUCAAGCAUUGGGUAUACCGGAUUAUCCCACCAUCGUGAAGAAACCGAUGGAUCUGUCGACGAUCAAGAAGAAACUCGACACGGAGAAGUACAGCGAUCCGUGGGAGUACGUCGACGACGUGUGGAUGAUGUUUGACAACGCCUGGCUGUAUAAUCGCAAGACUUCUCGAGUCUAUAGAUAUUGCACCAAGCUCUCGGAAGUGUUCGAGCAGGAGAUAGAUCCUGUGAUGCAGGCACUGGGCUAUUGUUGCGGCCGAAAAUACACGUUCAACCCGCAGGUGCUUUGCUGCUACGGCAAGCAGCUUUGCACGAUACCCAGGGAUGCAAAGUAUUACUCGUAUCAGAACAGUGGUCUAAAGGGAAUUGGUCUUCUUUCCGACAGAUACACCUUCUGUCAGAAAUGUUUCAACGACAUUCCUGGUGACACAGUGACGUUGGGAGAUGAUCCAACGCAGCCUCAAACUGCCAUCAAGAAGGAACAGUUCCAGGAAAUGAAGAAUGAUCACUUAGAAUUGGAGCCUUUUGUAACCUGUACAGACUGUGGUAGGAGAGUACAUCAAAUUUGUGUGCUCCAUAUGGAAGCAAUCUGGCCAUUGGGAUUUACCUGUGAUAAUUGCUUAAAGAAGAAGGGACAGAAACGCAAAGAGAAUAAGUUCAACGCCAAACGUUUGCCCGUGACGAAGCUUGGCACGUAUAUCGAGACGCGCGUGAAUAAUUUCCUGAAGAAAAAGGAAGCGGGCGCCGGCGAGGUCGCGAUCAGGGUAGUCGCAUCCAGCGACAAGGUGGUCGAGGUCAAGCCCGGUAUGCGAAGUAGAUUCGUCGACAACGGCGACAUGCCCGGUGAAUUCCCGUACCGCGCGAAGGCGCUGUUCGCGUUCGAGGAGGUCGACGGCACCGACGUCUGUUUUUUCGGUAUGCACGUGCAGGAGUACGGGAGCGAAUGCACGCCGCCUAACACCAGACGGGUUUAUAUCGCGUAUCUGGACUCUGUCCACUUCUUCCGGCCUAGACAAUUUCGAACGGCUGUGUAUCAUGAGAUUCUUCUUGGAUAUCUCGACUACGCGAAGCAGCUUGGAUACACUAUGGCUCAUAUUUGGGCUUGUCCACCUUCCGAAGGGGACGAUUAUAUCUUCCACUGCCAUCCCGCAGAACAAAAAAUACCAAAGCCUAAGAGAUUGCAGGAGUGGUAUAAGAAAAUGUUAGACAAGGGAAUGGUUGAGAGAAUCGUGCUCGACUAUAAGGACAUCUUAAAACAAGCCAUGGAAGACAGGCUUUCGUCCGCGGCGGACUUACCGUAUUUUGAGGGCGACUUUUGGCCGAACGUGUUGGAAGAAAGUAUUAAAGAAUUAGAUCAAGAAGAGGAAGAGAAACGUAAACAAGCUGAAGCAGCGGAAGCAGCCGCUGCUGCAGCGAACGCGAUAUUUUCGCUAUCCGAAGACGCGGAAACUCCAGACGGUAAAAAGAAGGGCCAGAAGAAGGCGAAGAAAUCCAACAAAUCUAAAGCGAAUCAAAGGAAAAAUAGCAAGAAAUCGAAUACUCCCCAGACCGGCAAUGAUCUUUCUGCGAAAAUCUUUGCCACCAUGGAAAAGCAUAAGGAGGUGUUCUUCGUCAUUAGGUUGCACAGCGCUCAAAGUGCAGCCAGUUUAGCACCUAUUCAAGAUCCCGAUCCUGUUAUUAAUUGUGAUCUAAUGGACGGUCGUGACGCCUUUCUCACAAUGGCGAGGGAGAGGCAUUACGAAUUUUCAUCGCUUAGGAGAGCGAAGUUCAGUUCCAUGUCCAUGCUGUACGAGUUGCAUAAUCAAGGCCAAGACAAGUUCGUUUACACUUGCAAUAACUGCAAAAGUCAUGUGGAGACCCGAUACCAUUGUACAGUUUGUGACGAUUUCGAUUUGUGUGUGAGUUGUAAAGAAAAAGAUGGUCAUCCGCAUCCGAUGGAGAAGCUUGGCUUUGACUUGGAUGAUGGCUCUUCGCCGGCUGACGCCAAACAAACGAAUCCACAGGAGGCCAGAAAAUUGUCGAUACAGAGAUGCAUUCAGUCAUUGGUGCAUGCUUGCCAAUGCAGAGAUGCAAACUGUCGUUUACCGAGCUGCCAGAAGAUGAAGCGAGUAGUUAUGCAUACGAAGAACUGUAAGAGAAAGACAAAUGGUGGUUGUCCUAUUUGCAAACAACUGAUCGCGUUAUGUUGUUAUCACGCAAAACACUGCCAAGAGACCAAGUGUCUCGUUCCAUUCUGUUCUAACAUCAAGCACAAAAUAAAGCAGCAGCAAUUGCAGCAACGAUUACAACAAGCGCAAUUGCUUAGGAGGCGAAUGGCUGUGAUGAAUACAAGACCAACCGGACCUGUGGCCGCAAUGCAGGCUGGACAACAGACGUCAAACGUUGCCAUGACGACUGGAGUCGCUAUGAAACCUGGUGUCAGCACAUCGAAUUUGCCGACACCACAUCAACCGGGUAUCGGAUUGAAGCCCGGGACACAGACCCCUCCCGCUCAUGUGCUACAGGUGGUGAAGCAAGUACAAGAGGAAGCUGCGAGACAACAAGCACCACACGUCAGUUACGGCAAAGUGACUCCGGGUGGAGGUGUUGGCGUGGGUGUCGGUGUGGGCGGGCAGACGGGCGGGGUGAUGCCUCCGCCACAGAUGCAACGGCCAUUACCGGUACAAAUGCCGAAUCCUAGCGGUACCCAUCUCAUCCCGAUGGAACAAUGGACAACCAGCAGGUACCAAUCGAAUACAGUUAUGCAACAAAAUCCCAAUUUGGCGCGACAACAGACACCGCAACAGCUAAUGCAGCAGCAGCAGCAGCAGCAACAGCAGCAUCAAGCUCAACCGGGGAUGGGAAUGAGUGCUCAAUUGCCGCGACAACCAGGAGUGAUCGGACCUGUGGGACAGGUCGGUCCGCAGGGAGGUAUGCAGAAGCAUGCUCUUCAGCAACUGAUGCAGACUCUCAGGAACCCGCACACGCCCGACCAGCAGAACCAAAUACUCCAAAUACUCAAGAGCAAUCCACCGUUAAUGGCUGCUUUUAUUAAGCAACGACAACAACCUGGUCAACAUAGCGGGGGAGUCGGCGGCCCAUUGGGUCCUAAUCAACCUCAACAACAACAACCUGGUUUGCAGCAUAUGAUGUCCCAACAGCAGCAGCAGCAGCAGCAGCAACCUCAACAGCAGCCGCAGCAGCAGCAACAGCAGGGUAGACUGCAGAUACAGAUGCUGACGCAGCAGGCGCAACAGCAACAGUCGGUGCAAUCGCAGCCUCAAUGGGCUUACAAACAACAACAACAGAUGCAGCUGGUGAUGCAGCAGAGACAACAAGUGGCUCAGCAGCAGCAGCAACAGCAGCAGCAGCAACAGCAGCAGCAGCAGCAGCAGCAGCAGCCAUUCACUCAACCUCCGGCGCCACCAUACGGUCAACAACGACCUAUACGGCCGCUUCUUGGUAAUUACUUAGGAAACAUGCAGCAACGUAAUUACUUAGGAAACAGUGGGGCUCUAGUACGUAGUGUAUCUCGACACCAACGCUUGCCCAACUCCCUAGGUUACGGCGGUUUCAACGAACAGGGCUACGGUCAGCCAGGUCUGAAACCUACGCCACCGCCCGUGCCCUCGCCGCAAGGCGUCAUGGGUCCGCCGGGGAUCUCCGUGCAACAACAGUUGAUGCAGUCAGUCCGUUCGCCACCGCCCAUCCGAUCUCCACAGCCCAACCCCUCGCCGCGACCUGUCCCUUCCCCUCGUAAUCAGCCGGUACCGUCGCCGCGGUCGGGUCCGGUGCCAUCGCCGCAUCAUCAUCCGCCUCACGGCACGCCGACACAUUCGCCGGCCCACGAGCUCGGCGGCGGUCCCAGCGAGAUGAUGCUCUCGCAGCUGGGUGGCGGUCCAGGUGCGCCCACCGGCCAUCCCGCCGCAAUGCCUCAUCAUCCCUCGCCGGCGCCGGCGCCCACGAAUGGCGGCGCAGACGCCAACGAGGUGACGCCGAUGACGCCGCAGGACCAACUCUCCAAGUUCGUCGAGGGGUUGUAGUGACUGUUACGGACGAUCACAUCGGUCGAUGGUUAUGUAAGUGUUUCCCUUAACGGAGACGACGACGGCGGCGCUCGGACGGCUGCGACCGUCCGCGUCGCGUGAAUUUAUAAAUAAUACGAAACGUUCGCGUAAUUAGAUAAUUAAUCUUGAAGCUCGCACGCGCGCGCGCACGCCGAUAGAGACUGAAGGAGAAAGCCUGACGCGCGUUUCAUCAAGUUUCGCCGAGCAAUUGAGCCUGACACGCCUGAGGGCUUGAACUCCCUCAGGACCGCGGGAUAGGAUUUUCGAUUUCGCUAACUUCAAUGCCGCAAACGAGACGCUCGGUUCGCGCGCGCGCAUAUCUUUUCUUUCGAUUUUCUACAUUAUGCGAUACGUCGAAAGACAAGAGGGAAAGGUAACGUGACGUUGGUGCUUUUCAAUUCUUCUCGGCCUGGCUCAAAUAGACUCAAUAUUGUUUUCGUCCUUGGUCGAGAAAGAGAGAGAGAUGAAAAUCGGUAGAACGAGGAGGAACGAAAGACUAACUAAAGCGAAACACUAUCGAGAGACUAUUAUUUACGUAUCCUCCCUUCGUAUCCUCCAGAGCCGCCUCGACUCUGCCACUCUUCCUCGCUGCUACUCGUGCAGGGUGAGUGAAAUCGUACAAAUAUAUAUAUAUAUAUACAUAUAUAUAUAUAUAUAAAACAUGUAUGUUGUGUAUACUUAACAUUAAUAAUUAAUAGUUCAAAUACUAUUAGUUCGUAACUAGUAUCGUAAAUGUACGCAAUUAUAUACCAAUAUAUUAAUAUUACCGUAACGAAAAAUACAAAGUAUAUGAUAAAGACUUGUAUGAAAGAUAAACGGUAAUAUAAAUAGGGAGUAUCCACUAGAAUGUUGUAUGUAUGGGGGAAAGAUAAUUUAGGUCUUAUAUUAAGUAAUAUAUUCGUUUAAGGAGAGAAUUUGUUAUUAAAAGGAUAUCCCUAAGCGCCACACCGAAGGUUGUAUUCUUAACCAUGAAAUUUUAUGGAUUUAUCGCGAAUAACUCCGACAUUUUCCGAAAUGCCGCGAGCCGCGUCUGUGGAACUUGAAAGAGCGGCGAUACUGUCGGUAGAAUGCUUGGCCAACCAUGUCCUACCGAAAGAAUCGUUCACGCGUGACGAGUUAACGUUUGUCGUAACCAAAAAGAAAAAAAAAUUAAAAUUCACAACAGGCUGCUAGUGUGCGCGGGAGGGUUUAUAUAAAAACGUGUUAAUUUUGAGAAAGAGAGAAGGGUAGAACGAUGUAGUUUUCUCCGGUUGAGGGUCCACUGUGUCCACUGUACAGUUCAAUCAAAAUGUAACUAAUGAGAAUGCGUAUUCGAUACCGGGCCCUCACGUGAAAACUCUGUAAAUACUAGACUAUUAUUACGACGAUUAUUAAUUUACCUGCCCAUUAUUGAUUUAUAUUAUUAAUAUUAUUAUUAUUA